UCCGCUGGAGAGCGGUAAUACACAGACACACCGGAUGUUAGCCGCCAUUAAAUAUCAAGAAGAAGAAGAGCAAGAAGAGCGAAGGCAGUGGUUAUCGUUUUAUACAAUAACGACAUCGUUUAUAAAGUAUGUGAUAAGAAGUAACGUACGCUGUGUUGCCUUUUCGUGAGCGCGAUGGCUACUCAGAGAGUGCUCUCUCAAAGCAAAGAGUCUCUGCUACAGAACUACAACAAGAGACUGAAAGAUGAUAUCAGGUCCAUCCUGGACAACUUCACAGAAAUUAUCAAAACAGCAAAGAUAGAGGAUGAGACACAGGUUGCCCGAGCAACCCAAGCAGAGCAGGACCAUUAUGAGAUGCAUGUCAGAGCAGCCAACAUUGUACGAGCUGGUGAGUCCCUGAUGAAGCUGGUGUCUGAUCUGAAGCAGUUCCUGAUUCUGAACGACUUUCCCUCCGUGAACGACGCCAUCAGCCUCCAGAACCAGCAGCUCCGCUCGCUGCAGGAGGAGUGUGACAAGAAGCUCACCUCGCUCCGUGACGAGAUCGCCAUCGACCUGUAUGAGCUAGAGGAAGAAUAUUACUCCUCCAGGUACAAGUAGGCUCAUACUUUUCCCCCAUCCCACCGCCCCUCUGUUGCCCAGCACCAUGUACUGUCUCACCUUUACCAUUCACUGUUGAGCCCACGGAAGGGUUAAGUUCUGCCACCAUCUAAACAUGACACUUUUUGGGUUGAAUUUAUCUCAUCGUCACAUCCAUCCAUUCAUCAACACAAAUCAUUGUUGAGGGUCGGUGUGAUGGAGCUCAUCUAAAUAGGUGACUUUACAUUGUUAUUGAUUAGAAUAUGCCUUGACUUUUUUCUGCUCUAUGACGUGUGUCGUAAUUGGUCAAAGUAGAGAGGACUUCAGCAUUAAAGCGGUAUACAACCGAAUGUCAGCAGCGUAAAUGUUUCCAGCUCUUGAACUAUAUAUUUUAUACAUUAGUAUUUUAUACUAUAACAUGUAUUUUUGGGCAUUUGAUGCAGUUUGAAAGCCAGAAAGCUUUUCUGGUGACAAGGAUACAUUUCAUAAUUCAGAACAGAAAGCAUUGGCGUUGAUCUACUGCUGGGUUUAUUUCUAAAUGGAGAUCAGACUUUCAGUUUGGCUUGAGAGAAGUUUUAACAAACAUUGUCAGGCACAAUGGGAGAGAUGCAUGGUUUAGUGGAAUGUAAGUAAUGAGGCAUUUCCUCCUAGUUCAUUUAUAACUAAAAUAUAAUAAAUCAAAGUAAUGACCAGAGUUCAUUAAAAUCCAUGAAUUUAAAGCUCUUGCUAUUUUAUCCAUGGAUGAAUUGUUAGAUGGUUGUUAAAAGGCUUCUGGGUGUAGCUACACAAAGCUUCAUAGGCAAAGUGAACUCCUUUUUAGAAGAAUUACACAAUGAAAGAACUAAAACUAUAUCAGAAUAUAGAUUUUAUAAAUAUGUCAUUCAUUCAAGAUUAUUUAUAUGUAAUACUUUAAGUCAUAAAUGUAAUGGUGAUGGGCUAUAUGGUAGAUUUUAAGGAUGGACUGUGGAUGAAUGUUUGGUAUAGACUGUAAAAGUAGACAAGACUGUUUCUUAUUUAUUGGAGGUCAAAUAUGAAGCUACUACAAGUUUCUCAAGUAGACGUUUUCUGUAAAAGCAAUUAGGUUAUUUUUUUAAUUGAUUCCGUCCUUAAGAUCACACGCGACUCAAGCUGUAACCAUGCAAGUGGUGGCCAGCACACGUGGUGUGGUUGUACAUGUGUGCCAGUUUGUGCCAGCUGUUCCAAUAGACCCAGAAUGAUUAAGCAAUAAAGUAGAGACAAAACACUGUA